AUGACGGCGCAACAGACGUCUACCGGCCCGUUCAGCCCCUUGCGUCUUUCUACAGGCACUGUGCACCCGUUCCACAUCUAUGGCACGGCGUUUAAGGAAGGCCGAACGGGUGAGUUGACGGCCUUGGCCCUUAGAAAGGGCUUCAGGGGACUCGACUCAGCCAACUACCCUUCUGCAUAUGAAGAGGCCGCCGUCGGGGUUGCCAUCGAGGAGGCGGUGAAGUCGGGCGUCAAGAGGGAAGACCUAUUUGUAAUACAACACCAACAACCCCCCCUUAGACCUCGUGGAAGCAACAUUGACAAAUGGGGAAAAAAUGUAUUUUCCAUCCAGGUACAAACCAAGUUUACUCCCAUGUGGGCGCACGCCGAGUCGAAGCUCCCGUACAAUGCCGACCAGCCUUUGGAGGAGCAGGUGCGCGAGUCGAUUGAGCAAUCUUUCCAGAACCUAAAAGUCGACUACAUCGACGCACUUCUGCUCCAUGUGCCGUUCCCGGACGAGCAGGAUAACACGGCCGCGUGGCGCGUCAUGGAGAGCUUCGUCCCGUCGCGGGUUGGCGUGUUGGGCGUAUCCAACUUUGGCCGUGCCGCUCUUCAGAAGCUUUACGCAGCGGCCACGGUCAAGCCGGAAAUCGUACAGAACCGGUUCCAGGCGGAGAACGGAUACGACGGCGAGAUUCGCGAGUACCUGGGCACGACGGGCGUCGUCUACCAAGCAUUCAGCCUGCUGAAAGCCAACCGCGAGAUUCGCAGCUCGGAGCUUGUGGCUCGUGUCGCUGAGCGCUUCCACACCGAGAGGGAGACUGCCUUCUACGUGCUAGUACUGGGUUUAGGAAGGGUGUCUAUUGUGAAUGGAACCACCAGCGAGGCGCACAUGGAGAUGGACCUGGCCAAGAUUGCAGAGCUCCUGGGGGACCAACAGGCCGUGUCCGACCUCACGGAGUACCUGGUGGAAUUCAAGCAGCUUCUCCGCACCAAGUGA